AUGACAGGGGCUUCUGACAAACCAAGUCACAUACAGAUGCUCAUCUUCUUCUCCCUCUUCUUGACAGCAUCAUGUACUACCUUCGAAGAUGCUAUCCUAGACGACAUGCUGGGAAGCAGCAGCCCUCUCUGCACUGGUUCGGGCUUAGGGUCGACGAGUUUCAACUACAAGUUCACCUCUUCCGAGAACACUUCGCGUUGGGCUUCGAUGAACAGCAAGUAUGAGAAGGACGUUUUCUUGGCAGAGAUGAGUCACGACGAUGAGAAUCCAAACAGAUCCUGGAGGCUUCGGUUUGGAAAGGGAGGAAACAUAUACAGCUUCGUCGGAGCAUACGGCGAGUCUGUGCCACCGCAAUACCACAAUCUUGCCCCGUGGAACGAUGAGGUAUGGCAGGCAGUCGCGGUAAGCUUGAACUACAACCAGCCGCAAACUCCAUACUACAUUCAUCAGGCAGGAGAUUACCUCAAAGACAACUUGGAGACGCCAUUCACCUCCCCCACCCUGGCAAAGUCUUGCAAGGACAAUCAGUGCAGCUUCUUGUCCUGGGGGCAACAGGCUCACAUUCCCACCUCAUGGCGCAGCUCUGCUUUCUACUACACCCGAUACAAAGACUGCGGAGAAGGAGUCCUAGAAGUUGAAUGGUCGAUUCACAAUGUGGCAAGUCUACCAGAAGGGCACAACUUCCAGUACUACAAUGUUCCUUGGGGAGGAGUUAGGACAUCAGCCUUGACGAAGAUGCUAAUAAGCAGCAAGGACGCUGGGGGGUACACAGGCUUCCAAACUACUCCUCCUUACUCUGACACAACUCAGACCAUCCGAAACCUGGAUGUGACCCUCGGGUACACGACGUUCACGCAGAAGCAGGUCAAGGAGCUAGAGUCAAACUUUACAAUGCCAUGCGGCAACGCCGCUGGCAGUGAGGUGCCGUGCCCACAAACUGGAGCGGAGGACCAGACUUUGCGGUUGGUUAAGAGCGCAAGCUGCACGCUGAUGGAAGCUGAGGCCCAGAGGCAACUUGGCCUCCCUCUGACCUCAUGUCCCAUUGAAAGUACCGUGACGAUCUCGACUGGUUGCGAAUAUCACAAAGGCUGCUCUCUCGUCUUCACAAACCCCAGCAACGGUUUCUCCAUGCCUGUCCAAGGCGUUUCCAGCUGGGCAUGGAAGGGGACGAAGAUCCUCUUUUGGACGCAAGUACCGCUGGACGAAGUCAACGCCAACUGGGCAACAGGUGAGAGCCUCGUCGUCAGCUACUCUCCAGCAGAGGACCCGAAGAAGAACUUGGCGCUGACCUUGGUACAUGGGGUUGGAUCUGAGCAUGGGCAAUCAUGGACUCUCAACAGACCCAAAGCCAGGUUGCGGUAUGGAGCAACCAACGUCGCGCGAGACUACACUGUUUUCACUGUCGAAGCUUUCUCUGUGAUCAGGCCAGGGCAAACUUACGCUUUCAGGCAGUACUUCAUCUCAGAUGCGUUCGAAGGGAUGCAGGGGAAAGCCUCGCGCUGGGUCAACCAGACUUCACAGAGGUUUUACAGCGCUGGAACGAGAGCAGGUCGUGAUAUCUUCCUCUGCUCCUGCGACAAUCGCACGUUCGGGGCGACGUUGCAGGAGUGCGACAAUGAGAAAUCCGUCAAAGUGUGUGCGGGGAGCUCAACGCCGGGAACAGGAAGAAAGCCCUUGUUUGCUAUUCAGUGCGGCGACAUCUCCUACGUUGGCAGUGAUCCCUACUCCCUCGCGCCAUGGGCCGAGAACAGCUCUGGAUACUGGAAGCCUUACAUCUGUGCUUCCAGGCCCGGGCUGCGCCCCACGUGGCGGCUGCUUGGGUACUUUGCAGAGGGGGCUUGUGCUGUGCUGUCAUCAGCUCGAUUCGGGUCAGAGAAAUGUCCUAGCGAGCUGCCGUGGGCACAGUCGGGCCCCUACGACAUCUCAGUGUGCUACGAGACGUGGAGCUGGGCCAGUCUUGUUCCUGCCGUGAAGGAUGGGCAGGCAACAACAGGCGGGUUGGGGGAGCUGAUGGUGCCCGGGUGGUAUGAGGUCUGGCUUUGCAUGAGAGAUCAUGUCUGUCCGAUGGCAGCGGGGAGAACGGCAGGGCCAGCAACGAUGUGUUUCGUGUUCGACGAGAGGGAGAAGCUGUUCGUCCCAUGGGACCUUGCAGAAACUUUGAUGAUCAAAGGGACCCGACUAAGGAACUUCGGAAGUUGUUCUUUCCGACGGUUCAACGUUCGGUCUGACCAUCCCCAGUGA